AUGGAAAAUUCAAGCUCCUGCUCUGACUCUCCUAUUUCAGAAGUAGAAUAUUCAAGUGACUCUAGCGAAACGUCAGUAACAGGAUGUUACAUGAAUGAGCCUGAAUACUCCAAAGCAGAACUUGAAAAAGUGACUUAUAAAUCUAGUGAUAGCGAAGAAGAAGACGAAUUGAAUACAAGCAGACUUGAAAAUUUGCAUUGGUGUACUUGUACAUGUUGCGUUAUUUAUAAUUGCUUCACUCUUGUGGAAUGCAAGUGUUGCCAAGAAUUUUUCAAUUUAUUGAACGACAAGUUGAAUGAUAACAAGUGCAUCACGAUGCACAAGGAUUUUGAAAUUUUAUGUUUGAACCGCACAGUGGAAAUGAGGUACACCAGUUACCGACAGUACACGGCCUGGGUACAUUAUUAUGAAAGGCUUGGAAAAGGAUGUCGCGUGGUGAUUCCAGCUUGUGUUGUGCGGAAAAUAAGGGAAGAAUUUCCUGAUUCAGAUGGAAAAUAUACUGGAUUCAAAGAAUUUGUUGACAUAUAA